CUCGGAUCAUAGUGUAGUGUACCAAAGGAAGCUGAGACAUGCUUAAUCUGCAGGAAUGUUGCCAUUACUAUUGUCAAUAUAGUGACAAUCCUAUUUUCAUGUCUGUUCUGAUAGUUCAGCGUUUAUAGAUGUAAAAAAAAAGACCUAUAAUCCAGCAUGUUUUACAAGCACAUGCUAUCUCUCUAAGUAAACCUACAGGCCAAUCUCACAAACUCUUCUUAAGCGUUUUCUUAAACUUUUUUUUCAGUCUUACGAACAUGUCCUCUGACCAACAUGUUAAACUACUGAUGAGUUCAGGACGUUUUGUACUGCAGGACAGUUACCAAGAUCGCCUUACAAGAAACACUCAAGAUAUUAUCAGUCAGACAGGAUGAGGCUCAUUUGCACAGGUGCAUCAUUAAAUUACUGUACUUCGGGAGGACACCCAAACUCGAGGCAGCAGGAAAGAAAUUGACAUGCACUGAUGGACUUGAUGGGUUGAGACUCACCUACUGUAAUGUACCUACGAGCACAUGUUCAUUAAUGCAAAGCGAGACGGUUCAAUGCCCCUGUCAAAGUGUUCACCUGUUAGCGCACUUGACUAAAACUUUUUAUGCCUUUCAGUGAUAUUAGGGUGGUAAUCCUGGUUUUCUCCUCCAUAGUGCUGAGGAUAUCACAGAAGGGAUGACAGGGAUUAGGAUAAGGCAGUGAGGGGAGCCACUUUGUUGCACGUAGACGGCCUAGGUACUCACAAAAUCAUGAUCGAGUUGCCCAGGCAGGAGGCGCGGUGUCGGGUAACAAAACAAAACAAAACAGGUGCGUGCAUGCAGUAGAAAUACAAGGACAGGAGGGGGAAAAAAUCAUUAUUUUUUUUCUUCUCAAGACCAAUACUCCCGUGCGUUCAUAACGGGUCUCUUUCCCGAUGCUGCGUUUUGUAUUUUUUCUUCUCUAAAGCCAAACUCCUCGGCCGUCGCAGCCCGGCGAGCCAUGAGCGCCCGGCGAGCGGGCAGCGGGCGGGCGGGCAGCGGCGAGCGGGCCGCUGUUUGGUCGGCGGCGGUGUCAAUCACGGCGCGGCGCCGGGGACCUUCCUGCCUGAGCCGGGGGGCUGCGCGCUGCGCGGAGUUGCUCCACAGCUCCGACAGAGGCAGAGCCGAGUCGUGCAGGUUCCCCCAGCACAAUGGUCUUCGGAUCCUGAGAGCGCUCCCGUUCAGCUGCUGCAAAGGAGGAGGAAAAAAAACCCAGAGAGAGACCGAGAGAGAAUUGUGCUGUACCUACCCUGCAAGAGAGACGCCAGAGAGACGGCGAGAGCGACCGGAGGAGGCACCGGGGCUGGGGGAGCCAAUUAUUGCUGGAUCUGCAGAUAAAGGGGGAUUGUUAAACAAAAAACAAAAACAAAACAACACCAACGAAAUAUAAGCUCCGAGUUAUUCUCCGAAUAACCGCAAUUAAACACACCAUCAUCAUAAAAAAGCCUCGCUUACAGACCGCAAAAUGUCUGGUAAGGACAGCACCGGUGCUCAACAUGCCCAAUACGUGGGACCGUACCGCUUGGAAAAGACGCUGGGAAAAGGACAGACAGGGCUGGUGAAGCUCGGAGUCCACUGUGUCACGUGUCAGAAGGUCGCAAUAAAGAUUGUGAAUCGAGAGAAACUGAGCGAGUCUGUACUAAUGAAGGUGGAGCGAGAGAUAGCCAUCCUGAAGCUCAUAGAACACCCUCACGUUUUAAAGUUGCAUGAUGUCUACGAAAACAAAAAAUAUUUAUAUUUGGUUCUAGAACACGUGUCGGGAGGAGAGCUUUUCGACUACCUGGUAAAAAAGGGCAGGUUAACACCCAAGGAAGCCAGAAAGUUCUUUCGACAGAUCAUCUCUGCGCUAGACUUCUGCCACAGCCAUUCGAUAUGCCACAGGGACCUGAAGCCAGAGAACUUGUUGCUAGACGAGAAGAACAAUAUCAGGAUAGCAGAUUUCGGAAUGGCCUCGCUGCAGGUUGGAGACAGCCUGCUGGAAACCAGCUGCGGGUCCCCACACUAUGCCUGUCCUGAAGUGAUCAGGGGGGAGAAAUAUGACGGCCGGAAAGCAGAUGUGUGGAGUUGUGGGGUCAUUCUCUUUGCACUUUUGGUGGGCGCCCUUCCCUUCGACGACGACAACUUGAGAAAUUUGUUGGAAAAGGUGAAGCUCGGGGUUUUCCACAUGCCACACUUCAUCCCCCCGGACUGCCAGAACCUGCUUCGCGGCAUGAUAGAAGUGGACGCCACGAAACGACUGACGCUAGAACAAAUUCAGAAGCACACGUGGUACAUAGGAGGCAAGAAUGAGCCAGAGCCGGAGCAGCCCAUUCCCCGCAAGGUGGCCAUCCGCUCUCUGCCCUCGGCCGACGACAUCGACCCAGACGUGCUGGAGAGCAUGCACUCGCUGGGCUGCUUUCGCGACAAGAACAAGCUGAUGAAGGACCUGCUGUCUGAAGAAGACAACCAGGAGAAAAUGAUCUAUUUCCUUCUCCUCGACCGGAAGGAAAGGUACCCGAGUCAUGAGGACGAGAACCUUCCACCUCGCAAUGAAAUAGACCCCCCGAGGAAGCGCGUGGACUCACCCAUGUUGAACAGACACGGCAAGCGAAGGCCGGAGCGCAAGUCCAUGGAGGUGCUGAGCGUCACCGAUGGUGGGUCCCCUGUGCCGGCACGGCGGGCCAUUGAGAUGGCACAACACGGGCAAAGUAAGGCCGUGUUCAGUAAAAGCUUGGAUAUCUCUGAUGCCAAUCCCAAAUUCAACAAAGAAGAAAGGUCGCGGUCCAUCAGCGGGGCCUCUUCCGGACUCUCGACCAGCCCCCUCAGCAGUCCCCGGCCCGUCAGGAGGUUUUUUAUUCCCCCUCAGACGCCCGACCUUUCCUUAUCCUCCCGUUCCAACCCCGCUUCUGGCUUAGACCCUGAAUCUAGCCGGACGGCGGCCCGUGCCCCCAACUCGCUUCAACCAAAGACGGGUGUCCUGCAGCCCAAUCCAAAGACCCAGACCCUGCCAGCGAAGACCAAACUGACUGAAAAGCCUCUACAGUCCACCAAAUCCAACCCCCUCCCCGGCACCAUUAGCCACCCUCCCCCUGCCACGUCAGAACCCUCCACGCCCUCCCAGCAGCACCCUCCUUGCACCCCCAGCCCCCAGGGGCGCCGCCCACCCCUUAUGCCCCCCCCCCAGCUGCAGGUCACCCCGAUGUCUCCGGUCAGGCUGCACCACCUUCACCACCCUGGUGCCGGUACUGACCCGAACACCAAAUCUAUCCCCAUCAUACAGGUGACCCCUCACCCCUCCCCUCGGGGGAGCCCACUCCCUACCCCCAAGGGAACGCCGGUGCAUACGCCCAAGGAGAGCCCUGCCAGCACCCCAAACCCCACACCGCCCUCCAGCCCCUCUAUCGGCGGCAUGCCCUGGAGGACACGCCUCAACUCCAUCAAGAACAGCUUCCUGGGGUCGCCACGCUUCCACCGCAGAAAACUGCAAGUUCCAACACAAGAGGAGAUGUCCAGCCUCACACCCGAGUCUUCCCCCGAACUUGCCAAAAAGUCCUGGUUUGGUAACUUUAUCAACUUGGAGAAAGAAGAGCAAAUCUUCGUGGUGAUCAAGGACAAGCCAUUGAGUUCCAUCAAAGCAGACAUAGUGCACGCAUUUCUUUCGAUUCCCAGCCUCAGCCACAGUGUGAUAUCGCAAACCAGUUUUCGGGCAGAGUACAAGUCGACUGGAGGUCCCACGGUUUUCCAGAAACCUGUCAAAUUCCAGGUGGACAUCACCUACACAGAAGGCAACGAGGCGCAAAAGGAGAACGGCAUCUACUCUGUCACUUUCACAUUGCUGUCAGGGCCCAGCCGCCGGUUCAAGCGGGUGGUGGAGACGAUUCAGGCCCAGUUGUUAAGCACACAUGACCAGCCCUCAGUCCAGCAGCUGUCCGACACCACCCACUGUAUGGAGCUGUUGACUGGCAGGCUUUCCAAAUGUGGCAGCCCAUUGAGUAACUUCUUUGACGUAAUUAAACAACUUUUUUCAGACGAGAAGAACGGGCAAGUGGCCCAUCCGCCUGGUACCCCCACCAAGCAUGGCGCAAACAGCAAGAGACAUGAACCCGAUGCUAAUGACUUUGGUUCUAGAGGGGACUCUAAAUACCCAACAGGCAAAGACAAGUCAAAGAUGGUAACAUCUGUUGGGGCACAGGAGCAACCUUAAAAUAAAACAAAUUGAAAUUAAAGUGUUUAGAAAGCUAGUCGCUUGUACUAGUAGAUGUACAUAUAAAACUACUUCGAUACGUGUCUAUAGACCAACUUUUGUAUGACGGAAUGACUGUAUAUAUAACUGAAUUAAAUAUUUUAAAAAGUAGCACACGCAGACACACACCCCACCCCCCCAAAGAAAGGCAUUUUUACACCAGUAUUUUUUCAUUCCUUUUUUGUUUCUUUCUCUUCUUUUGCUCACCUUGUAAAAUGACUUGUUUCCACUCUACUGCCAGGCAUUGUCCAGAAAACUUGUUAAAUUCCAGCUCCAGCCCUGCCGCCGUGUGCCGCGGAUAUUUGUUGACGGAGGGCACAUUUCGAGGCAAGUAAAGUGAAUAAAAACCAUGGAGCCGCUCCUGCAGUCUGUCCCGCCGCCCUUCCCAUGUCCAAUCCAACCCCUCAUCCCCCUCAAACAAAAAAAUAUAAAAACAGGACACCAUCGCCACCUUUUUCCCAAGUUUCCUUCCAUGCACUCGGAAUGCCGGAACGAAACCAGAGGAGCUGGAAAAGCCUUAAAAAAGAGACAACUUAUGUCCGCUGCACACACGUACGAAAACAAAACUCUGUGACUUAAAAGAAGCAAGAAAAGCCAGAAAGAAAUGGAAGACGGUGGGUUUUAACACGCUUGUGUGGGCCUUCGCUGUACCGUUUCCCUUUUUCAACUUCAGACUCUUUUUUUGUGAGUGACUGGGAUUGAACACGCCUGUGGACCGGAAUGCCAUCGCUGCAGGACUGGAGACCUUAUUUAAAAUAGUGCAAAGAGUCGGGAGGGGUUUGUGUACGCAAUGAAUGAUCUACUCUGUUGUACAGAAUAUGUUUCUUAUGUAAAAAUUGUCCGGUAGUGACGCUGUUUAGUUGUAGGGCCAGGUCUGAACAUAGUGUUGCCAGAUGUUUCGUUAAUUUAUUUAUUCGUCUAUUUAUUUUCACCAUUUUAGAACGUUACACAAUAUACUUUCGGGAGUUUUUUUUCCCCUACAUCAAGAGAGUCUCAUUGCAGUUUGAGCAGUUAAAACUCGUCUGUGACAUCUGGAAAGACUGGAAGGGAAGUUUUCAUGGUGGAAAUUUUAUUUUUGUAUCUUUUUGGGGGGGGGCUCUGUUUCAUUGUUUGUUUAUUAAGUCUUAAUUUAUUACCGUCUUGGCUAUUUAUAUUAAAUAAAUCCGUUAGCAGAGAUUGUACGUUAUUUAUGUUUGUGUUGGGGCAACACAGGUUUAUUUAAAGACAGAAAAAACAUUAUUCUUUUAAGUUUUUCCUCACUGAAUAGAGGUACAUGAACAAACAAUGGACAUUAUUUUUUCCCAGCUUCAAGAACAAAACAAACUUGUAGUAUAUGUUAAAAAAUAAUAAUAAUUUACCAGUAAUUUAAGAAUGUAGACUAGCCUCUUUGUGAGGAAAUGAUUAUCUUCUAUUGAUAUUUGUCAGUUUCAUAUCAUUGUGCGUGUACUACAGGUUAAGAAGAAAAAAAACGAUACUCUCGAACUGCUGUUUCUUGUAAAUAGAUGAUUUCGGGCAAUGAACUUCUUGAAACAAAAAAGGGGAUUCCUGUUCUUGGACUUUUAUCUUGUAUUACUGUGUGCAUGUCAAAACAUUGGCUUUUUUUGCAUGAUCUUGCUGUAAUUGUUCCAUUCGACUGUCUCCCUGCCCUGAACCCUUCUCUCCUCCUCUUUCGUUUUCUCCUUCCUUCCUCUCUCCUGUUUUCCUCUAUCACUGUUUCUUUUGUUUCCUUCCCUUCUUUUUUCUCUCUUCUUCUUGUGCACAAAUUUUACAAUGCUUCCUUUACACGGUACCUCUUACAGAAAGGCUUGGAUUCAAAAAAAGAACAAAUAUAUAAAUAUAUUUAAAAAUAAUAUAAACCCAGGUGGAACAAGCAGGAAGGGGAUUUAAAUCAAAAAAGAAAUAAAGCAAUACCUGAUGUUUUCCUUCCUAUUUUGUACUUUGAAAAAAAAUACACAGGAUAAAACAAUACAAUUCAUUGUUAUUAAACAGGAACAAACUACAAUGUAUCCCCUUGUAAUAUAACUGUGAGCAACUGCAGUGCAAAACCAAUAAAUUCAUUGAGUUACA